AACAGACUUUUAUGCAUACACAUUUUUGGGUUGUUUCACACUUCUGAGGAUAUAGUUUAUGCGAUAUCUUUCUGGUGUUUCGGUUAUUUGGAUACAGCGAUUUUGCUUCGUUCACUUUUGGUUUAGUUAAUUAUGUCAUCACCAGAAGUGGGUAUGGCGUAUCAAAUACCUCCACAAAUUAGUCCUCAAAGUGGUAAUGUGGCAACAUCGACUAAAGUUCUCAAUCUUUCGAGAGCUCAGGUGAAUCUGAGUCAACCAGGACAAUCUGUUUAUCCAACAUCAGGAUCUCCACAACCACCACAGUUGAACUCUUACAGUUAUUCACCACAACAAAAUCAGUCUCCCUCAAAUUAUACAUAUCCCGCUCAUGCAGGAUUUGAGCAAUCAAACAGCAACUUAAGUCGAACAAGUUUUCAAAAUUUUGCCCAGCCACAGGUUUAUACGGUUGGUUCAAGUCAACCACCUCAAAUGCAGCAGAUACAGCAGCGACAACAACCUCAACAACAUGGAUGGGAUCAGGCUCAGCAACCACAACAGUACAGAGUUCUUACAACUCCCUUACAAACAUCAAACAUGGGACAAACAGAUCCUUAUACUGUUGGCCAAGCUAAUGCACAACCUGCGUACAAACCUCAGCCGAAUGUCAUUUAUUUUGGUCAGUCAGGACAAGCUCAACAGCAAGCGCCGUUACAGCAAACGCCAUUGCAGCAGACAUAUCAACCACAGACACAACAACAACAACCAGGUCAGGUGAUGUAUGCACGACCAGCCAGUCAGUCUUACGCUCCUUCGGGAAAUGCCUAUCCAACUCAAGCACAAUAUGCACCACAAGCUAGUACAGGCACAAUAACUUAUCAGCCGUCCAAUCAGGUGGCUCCUCCGGCCCAACCAAUCACAGUUCAGCCCAGUCAUCAGGUUAACCAAACGAGUCAGCAAUAUUUUAAUCAAGCACCUAAAUUUCAACAAGUGCCAAAUUCUUCGACACCAUUGAACCCUUCACCUUUUCAAGAACAAAAUCAACAGAUCUAUUAUCAAAAUCAACCUAAACCUCAAUCAACAGCACAACCAUAUUCUUCACAACCGAAUUUCAAUCAAACUGAUAACAAGCCAACACAAGUAGUACAGUCUAUUUGGGGUACACAACCCAAUAACCAAGUGUUCGAUCAUAAACAACAUCAGCAAUAUCAUCAACCACAACAGUCAGUUCAAACUUAUCAACCAGUACAAAGUAAUCAACUAUAUACACAAAAUACAUUACCAUCCACAACUCUUAAUCAAGGAUUCGAUCAACAGAUUCGUAGACGUAUUCCUUCUGGAGGAGGUCAAUCAAAACAAAUUAAGGUUAAGUCAUUGCCAAUGCGCAAUUCAGUUAGUAUAGAUGGAGUUGAUUCUUCUGGCCCACCUCAAUUUGUUGUUCAUCCAGUAGCUCAACUAACUGUAGCAGAAGGUGAACCGGCAAAUAUAACUGCUCGUGUACGUCCAGCAGGUGAUAGUACAUUAAUUGUUGAAUGGUAUCGAAAUGGGAAACCACUACCAGCUGCUUCUCGUUUCACGACAACUUUUGAUCGAGGCUAUGCUGUGCUUGAUUUUCUAUACACCAAUGAAGAUGACAGUGGUGAUUAUUCUUGUGUAGCAACCAAUAGUCAAGGUCAAGAUCAAUCAAGCAGUUGUCACGUUAAUGUUAUACCAGAAGAAGGUGUUGUCACUGAAACUCAACUACCAGAGGAGUCAAUGAUUGCUAACUUAGCUAUGAUGGAAGAUAAUUUAGUUCAGAAUGGAAUAAAUCGAUCACCUCGCUAUCAUGACGAUGUACGACCAACAAUCCACCAAAUUUUUUAA